AUGACGAAUCACGUCUGGAACAACGAGACAGAGGACAGCAGAUCUCGGGCAGAGGAGGCCGCAGAGGGCCAAAGCCAGCCGCAACACGCCGGCAGUCCUGUUAGGGAUUCAGCCAGUGUCGAGGCACGGCAAGACUCAGCGAGUUUGCAGACAGAGGGGCCAGAGCACACUGCGGCAGCUGCACAUGCAGCGAGUGAUGUCAGCAUGCCCCCAUCCUCUGUGGCCCUUGCACGCAAUGUCGACAGCCACAGUCUGCCCUCUGUAUUCACAUUCGGAGGCUCUCACGUCCCAUUUGCCGACACACUUGGAUCAGCCAAUAUUGAAGCAGGUCCCAGCCUGGACGAGGCGCGCGCAGAACGGCUUGCAGCUUCGGAGCAGGGUGCAUCCCCGGUCCACAGGGGCAAAACUUCUUGGGAGCAGGAGGAUCAGGGAAGCUUCACUGCAGCUGACGUGUCCAGUGCCUACUCUGGCAUGUACGCUGAGCUGGCAGCGCGCGCGGCAGUGCUGGCAGCAGAGCUCCCUAACUUCGAUCAUGGCCUGCACCGCGGCCAUGACUCAGCGGCAGCUGACUCAGCCUGCUUCGGCGGGGACGCUUACUGUGGCGGCGGCACCGGGUUUGACGGGGACGCCUACUUUGGCGGCGGCGGCUCCGGAGCCAUUUUUGGCGACGGUGCCAAUCCUGGGGACGGCGCCGCGUCCGCCUACUUUAGCAAUGCCGCCUGCUGUGGCGGCGGCACCUAUUGGGACACCGAGCAGCCGCCGCCCCCGCUGCCGGGCUCAGUUUCCGCAAGAGAGAGCCAUUUCUUCUGCGGCAAUAGCAUCCUGGACAAGGUACUCGGCCACGGAGAUGGCAUGCCAAUCAGAGCGGACUCUCCUGGUGUAUUUCCUGGCGGCAGGUCAGUCCAGGAUGAGCGCUUGCAGACAGGUGCAUCAGCGGAAGUGCCGGCUCUUGAGCACAGCAGAGGAAAUGUGGGCCCGGGGCAGGACGGGCUGCAUGGAGAGAGGGAACUCCCUCGCGUGCCAUGGCACGAGCUGCUGCUGCACGCGCCGCUGUACCCCGAGAGGGACGCCACAGAACGGCUGCCCGGCGCCGGCCGCUCGCCUCGGCGCGCCGGCAGCUCAAAUCGAAAUCUCAGCGGCCAGAACAGGCGAGCAGCAGGAGCCGGGGGGACAGCAAGACAGUGGGUGGACGUCGGUGCCCGGGCACAUCCUCUCAGCUGCCAGCCUGGUCCUCAGCUGGCGGCUGACCUGGCAUCGUCCCGCGUUUAUUCAUUGCAGCCGGCGCCCCCGGCACGGGAGCGGCCGCGCUGCAGCCGGAGGGCAGCGCAUAAUAACGCGGACGCACACGUGUCAAUUCCCUCAUUUCCUGCCUCGGCGCGUGUGUUGAGCACUCAGCGGGGGAAUGAAAAGGGCGCGGCGGAGAAGUGGCCGGACCAGAAUCGGCCGCAGUCGGCGCCGCAGCGGACCCCCCGGUCUGCGGCCGGGAUCCCCCGCUCGGUGGUCACCAGCGUCAAAGGGCCCCGGAGGAUGGACAGGGUGGCGCGCUGGCAGCAGAUGCAGCAGACCUGGGCUCGCGACCCCUUCCUCAAGAACGGCGCUGCGGGCGGCAACAAAGAGGGCAAGAGGAAGAAGAUAGGUUACAGGGAGGCGUUUGGGGAGGUGCAUGCGGCCAACGACGAGAUGCGCAGCCUCUAUGUCCAGCUGGCCACCAGCUCAGUGGCGUGA